CGAGAGUAAGGGCCCAUAGAGAUACAAGUCCCAAGGUCGGUCAUGUGACAUCGGAAAUAACGUGGCUGAUGCAGUCAGCCACACUGACGUGAGCCUCCUGUACUUUGCGCCACCUCCAGGUUUCUAGCUCUAUGACGAAGGUGGCGCCUCUAGUUCUCAUAAAAAAAAGAGGAUUUCUCCCUUCACCACCGAUCAUCCAGGUCUGCGAUAAGUUACUUACAGACAACAGUAAAGCAUUAGACACUCGUGAUGGAUCGCGCAAAGCUCAUCCACACGCUUGCAUCGGCGCAAGCAUCGCCGAAGAGGCCGAUAUUGACUCUCGUGAACGGCGAUACCACAUGGCUCGUUUCCGUCCCCCGGACCGCCGGCACGAAGGGUAAGGCUUUCUACCACAUCCUCGUGGAUCCUUGGCUCGAGGGGAACGCUGAGAUGGGUUUCGGCUGGGUCAUACGUCUGCAACUCAAGGAGAAAGCGGCGCUCGGCAACAUCGAGGCCAUCGAAGACUGGAUUCGGGAAGUUGAAACGGUUUGCGGGAUCACGGACGGAGAGCACGAGCAGUGGCUCGAUGCAGUUCUUGUCACGCAUGCCAACUUUGAUCACCUGCACGAGCCGACGCUGCGGACCCUUGGCCAAUCGGUACAAGUCCUUGCUGUGCAGGACGCGGCGAAGAUAAUAUCGGCAAUGGGCCACUUCGAGAAUAUCAUAGUGGUGCCGGAUUUCGUCCCCGGCGGGGAGUGGCCGGCCACGCCCGAUAUGCCCGGAUCGUUAUCGAUUUUCCGGCUCCAGAGCAAGGGCGACAAAUACACAAGGCUGUGUCACGCCGUGAUCAUCGGUAUCCCGACCGAAGAUGGGAAGAGCGAAGCGAUCCUGUACACCCCGCACGGCGUUGAACCGGAGGCGGUGGAAGCCGCCAGGAAAGCGAACUCGGACGCGAGUUUUCUGGCGAUGUUGCAUCCACUUAAUAAGGCCGGCAGCAUGGGCGUCAUCUCGAGAGGGGUGAAGGAGGGCCUGAAGAUCGAACGAGAAAAUUCCGUCCGUCACUGGGUGAACACGCAUGAUGACAAUAUUAGCUUCACGGGGGUCUUAUCUUAUGUAAUGCAAUACGGGCGCACGACGUUGGAAGAGGGUCUCGAGCAGGAAGCCAGGGAAAAGGGUCAGGAACAAAGGAAGCCAAAUUACGUAGUGGUUGGCAAUGGUGGAAGUCACAUCUUGACUUGAGAAGGCGUUGUUACGUGGUUCGAAACAGUCUGUCAGCCAUUGUUGACGAAGAGUGUGGCGUCAAUAGGCGUGCACAUAUUCCAAGAGAACAGUCCGAGUCUUGCUUUUUAACAUUUUUAGAGACUUGGCGAUCACUGAGUCUAGGAUCCGAGCGAAGAAAGCAAAUUGAACCAAAAACUUGACUCUGAGAAUAGGCAAAGAAUUCUCCUCGACGGGGAAUUGAACCCCGGUCCCCUGCGGAUCGUUUGAUUGACAAGCAGAUAUCCUCACCACUAGACUAUCGAGGA